AUGGCCGAGGUUUCCGGCACUUUCGCGGGCGCUCUAAGCGUCGCCGCACUCUUCAACAACUGCGUCACUUGCUUCGAGUACAUUCAACUAGGCCGAAACUUCGGUCGCGAUUAUCAGGGUGAGUCGGUCAACGUCAACGGGGACGCGCGGUUCGCAGCCGACACUUCUGGUGGCGACACAUCGGUCGAGCUGGCACGGUCUAUCAUCGAGGAGAUCAUCCUUCUUAUACAAGGUGCACAAAAGACUUCGAGACGGUAUGAAUUGAGUCCCGAGCCGAAGAACCUCAGCCUACUUCAAAUGACGGAUAUGACCCCCAUGGGCCAGCGUCUACAUCAUCGAGCCGGUGCGCUCGCUCGUCGUAGACAGAAGGGCGCCAGUGUGCUCAAAAAGACCACAUGGGCACUCUACGACGGGAAGCAGUUAGGAAAGUUGAUGACCCAGAUCACUGCUCCUGUCGACGACCUGGAAAAGCUGUUCCCCCUCGAUGCUACCCGCCGCAGGCUGGCCGAGAUGGAGAUUGAAGAUAUCGACGACGAAUCGAGCCGCGCGGCGCUGCAGGAAUCAGCGAAGGACACGGAUGAAGUUCUGCUGGAAGCCGUUGAUCGCAAGAUUAACAUGAUUGCCGGCAGUAACUCGGUAGGGGCCAUACGGACAAAAGACAGGGUGGAUGUCUAG